AUGGCCACUACAAAAGCUCUCGUUAAUAUCAGCCCGGGCCAUGCUGAGGUUCAGGACAUUCCUGUGCCAGCACUUGAGCCCGGUUAUAUCAGAGUCAAACCCACCGCAUGGGCUAUCAACCCAGACGAUGCUUACCACCUUGGCCUAGAAGGUGAUGAGAGCUGUGCUGGUGCUGUUGUUGGAACAGAUUAUGCAGGUGUUGUUGUAGAAGUUGGAUCUGGAGUGGAGAGGGACUUUAAAGUUGGGGAUCGCAUUUCUGGUGGUGUCGUCGGGCAGAAUAUUCUGCGGAAGCAUGAUGGUGCUUUUGCGCACUUGAUUCACGUCAAGGGGGAUAUUCAGAUGAAGAUCCCGGAUAACAUGAGUGACCAAGAUGCUGCCACUCAGGGCGUUGCACUCGUCACUAUGGGCGUUGGCUUAUACCAGCAUUUGCAUCUUCCUCUUCCAGAUGACCCAUCAAAGGAGCCCUUUCCUGUCUUCAUCUAUGGUGGCAGUACAGCCAUGGGGAUAUCAGCAAUCCAAUUUGCAAAGCUUGCUGGCGCCACGGUGAUUACAACUUCGUCACCCAAUAACGCGGAUUAUGUCAAGUCUCUGGGUGCCGAUCACGUCCUUGACUACAAGUCCGAAACUCUCGUCAACGACAUACUCAGACUAUCAGGCGGUCCUCUUCUCCACGUCUUCGACACACAUCCCAACUCCACCAGCAUCGCCACGUCCGCAGCAAUCCUCCAAAAGUCCCCUUCUGCAACUUACAUCUCCCUGAACCCCGGCCCUGAACACGAAGUCAAACGCCUUAACCCCCACGUCAUCACCGAAUCUAUCCUGGCAUACUCAGCCACGGGUAAUCCGUGGAUGUACGAGAAUAAGUAUUACGAGGCUGUACCAGCAGACUUUGCAUUCCAGAAGAAGUUUGUCGAGCUGGCUGAGAAGUUCCUCGAAGAGGGGCUGAUCAAGCCGCCGCGUGUCUUUCUAAAUCGAGGAGGGAGUGGCUUGGAGGGAAUUUUGAAGGGACUGGUCGACAUGAGGGAGGGCAGGGUAAGUGGCGGGAAGCUUGUGUAUACGCGGGAGUGA